UAUCCCUUUCUGUGCCUCCACCACACCCCGCACUAGACUAUAGUCGUGUAGCUUAUAUAAUUCUAUUGCCACCGGAGCUUGAAACGGUGGUUUUUGGCAUAUUGCUAGCACUCAAGACAUCUCAGUAUGGUGUCCCCCGGUCCAACCACUAUUCAAUGAGAUGGCAAAACAUGGGUCAGACUGCGAGCUACCUCAGAGGCGCCUAUCAGCCAGAGAAAAGCACAAGGUGCAGUGUGCAGACUCCUUGUCGCUUUGUGAGAGGAAGCAGAGGGACCGCGAGGAGCGUGUGUCUCUGGUGUUAUGGAAGAAACCGCUCGUCACGCUGCACUACUUCCUGCGGGAGCUGCUCAUAACCCUGAAGGACUGGAUGUGGAGGUUAUGGCGGCAGAGACAUUCAGUCUUGUCUCUGCUGGUGCUGGUCACCCUCUUCUCCAUCGCCUACUCUGUUAAAGGAACACAUCAGAAGUAUGUGCAACACAUGGAGAAGAGGUUCCUGUGGUGUGCCUACUGGGUAGGCUUGGGUAUCCUGUCCUCUGUGGGACUGGGGACUGGCCUGCACACCUUCCUACUCUACCUGGGUCCACACAUAGCAUCAGUGACCCUGGCAGCGUAUGAAUGUGGUUCAGUGGAUUUCCCGGAACCCCCCUACCCCGAGCAGGUCAUCUGCCCCCAGGAAGAGGUGCUGUUGGGGGGGACAGAGACCGUGGCCCAGGCGGGUGUGGAGGGCUUGGCGGGGGUGGCAGCAGCUGUACAGGGAAGCAUCUCCCUCUGGACCAUUGUCUCCAAGGUCCGCUUAGAGGCCUGCAUGUGGGGAGCAGGCACAGCCAUCGGGGAGCUGCCUCCCUACUUCAUGGCGCGGGCAGCGAGGCUGUCUGGAGAAGAGCCUGAUGAUGAAGACUAUGAAGAGUUUGGAGAGUUGUUGGAGCAGGCAGAGACUUCACAGGACUUUGCCACCAGAGCAAAACUAGCAGUGCAGAAAAUGGUUCAGAGAGUUGGAUUCUUUGGAAUUCUCGCCUGUGCCUCUAUUCCAAAUCCAUUGUUUGACUUGGCAGGUAUAACAUGUGGCCAUUUCCUUGUUCCCUUUUGGACCUUUUUUGGAGCAACACUAAUUGGGAAAGCCAUAAUCAAAAUGCACAUUCAGAAACUGUUUGUGAUCAUAACCUUCAGCAGCCACAUAGUGGAGCAGAUGGUGUCUCUGAUCGGUGCUGUCCCAGUGCUGGGCUCCUCUCUACAGAAGCCCUUUAGGGAGUACUUGCAGGCCCAGAGAGCCAAGAUGCACCACCACGCGGGAGAGGGGACCUCAGCCGAUGAAAACUGGCUGUCGUGGGGCUUUGAGAAGGUGAUCGUGGUCAUGGUUUGUUUCUUUGUCUGCUCCAUCGUCAACUCCAUGGCCCAGAGCUAUGCCAAGCGCCACCAUCAGCAGAAGUACUCUGAGGGGAAAACCAAGUGAAGGCAACACUGAGAAGCGAGAAGAGCAGCUAGCCUAGCACACAUUCUGGGCUCUCGGUCAAAAAACCCUCAGCACAAACUUGCUGUAUCCUCCUCUUUUUUCUCUGUCUCCAAUAAUCUCCAAUGAGACACAAACCGCCAUAAUCCGAAGUAUGGGUGUCCAUGUUAUCGAUCGAUGGAUAUCCAUCCGUAUGAAGUAAUCGUUUUCUUUGUUUCUGUAGUGAUACUGAAGGUUAUCCGUUUACAUGGAACUUGGACUUAAUUUAUUUGCUUUCCAGGAUUUUUUGAUAGAGAUGAUGGCCCAUAGUUUUUUGCUUCCUCAGUGGUUGUUCACUAUAAGGUAGGUGCUUGGCCAUGUGGUGUGGUGUUGUAUGGAUAGGACAUCCAUUUCAUUGAGCAGCUCUACAGUGACUGUGUGUGGGUGGGUCAGCAGCUACUGGCACUGAUUCUCCUCUGCGAGGCCUUAAGUACUCUUUGGUCCAGCUUCCACGACUAGAACUGAUAGUCUUAUCAUAGAGCCUGUUUAUUUAAAUUAUUAUGUUUGGCUUGGAUCGGUUUUAUUUUACUUAAAUGAUUUGGUGAGUGCACUGUAAUGCAGGGACUGAUGUUAUAUAUUAUUUAAGUUGUGUAAGGCCUAAUCUGUUUUUUCCCAGUUAAUUUUUUAGGAUUUGUGGGUUUUUUGUGGGGUUUUUUCAACUGAAAUGGGAUAGACAAGGAAUGUACAUGGACUGCACAUCUUGUAAAUAUAGCUAUGAUAAUAUAUGAUUUUCAUAACUUCACUUCUACAAGUCUGAUGUAGAUAGAUCUGAAUAAAUCAAAACAGGGAGUUAAAUCACUUGAUUUUUAUCUGUACCUAUACUACUAUUGAUGUAAUUUCUAUGCUGUAAAAUUCCACAGAGUGAGCACCUUUGGAUCAGACUUCAUAAAUCGUCCAUGAAUCAUU